CGCGCCGAAACAGAUUACAUACAGCUUUCCGUUUUCCCCUUGGGUUACUUCUUCAUCACAGGGGGAAACCAACACUGCUAGCGAGGAUCUAGAGUUUUGCUUGGCGUGCCGUUUCGCAAAUUCGCAUCAAAAAUCGAUUCUCGACGGACACACACUGGUCACAAACAGCGCAGCGCGGUGAACAGCGUUAAUUUCCAAGUGGGCAAACCUCCGCGUCCUUACAGGGUUUCAAAAACUAGCGGCAAGCGCGUCUCCCGUUCCAUGCCGAUUUCCGUCGCGAGUCGAUUUCCUCAACAUCGACUCGCUGUAGUUACAUCUUUUGGUUCUCUUCUUCAAGAAAGCACCGCGUAACAAAGUGGAGAGCGUUUCCUGCACAUCCGAGAGAAAAGUGACUUCGGCGGGCGGUUCCACGUGAACGUCCUGGUGCCCGCGGUGUAUGUACGCCUGGUUUCUCCGUUCCACUUGUAGUAUCUCGGCGGUCUAAAUAUCGAGGGGUCGCAUCCCGUUGCUCUCUAUUUAAACAGGCGGAUUUCCGUGUGUUUCACAUUAUGUUGAGACAGCGACUGUAGCCCGGGGAGGGUGGGCUGAAGUUCCGAGAACCCGUUCAUUCCCCCCAUUUUCCCGCAUUUAGCUUUACUCGCCGCCUCGUGCUCGAAGGCACGAGAACGUCUGUCGCUGUGCGCCCUUUGCACCAGAUGAUGUGCAUUUUUCCAGCCGCGGGGUGUUCCGCCGGGCGCUACCCUCAAAAGAUCUUGCCAGGAGGCGAGUCCGCCGCAGCGAAAGGUACCUAAAAGAGGAGUUGCCUCUGUGUGUGUGUGUGUCGAUUUCGGACGGCAGCAUAAAUCUUGGAGAGGAAAUCGAACGAAACCGGGUCUUUCUUCCUCUGUCAAACGAGCUAAGGGUCACCGUGUUCAAUGGGAGGGUCCGGACACAGCCAAGAUGCGUCCUGCACGGGGCACUUGUUUUUGUGACGUUUUUUUCUCUUCUCAGAGAUACCGUGAGACAUUCUCACACUCAGCUACCACUUCCUGGCCUCAGCGCCUGCCCCAUUUCGCGUGGCUGUUCUGUCUCGGCAGCGUCUUGCGCAGCUCCUAACGGUCGAGUUAGCAAAUUGAGCUUCCCUGGGGAUUGGCCAGAAUAUUCGAAGGCAACAGUGAGAGCAGAGUUGGUUGUUUAAAAGACUUUUGAGGAAGGACUUUUGCGCCGAGACCCACGAAGCGCGCAACUCGCUUCAAUCGACCUUUGUGUUUCGGUGUGCGCUUCUGCGUCUUUUGCGUUUUCUUCCAUCCUUCACUUCUCGGUCUUCUUCAUGCGUUUGCGUUACCCCACAUUGGCCGCUGGAAUACACGUGAAGAUAGACCAGAAGCCGCAGUGUGUGCUUUCUCUGUCGUGUUUUCUCUUCGGCGUGGCUCCAACUCCUCUUCACGUGCCGUGCUGCAUGAGUGUCUUCUGUACCUCCUCAUUAAAUAGCGAUCUUUUUUCGCGUUUCUUCGUCUGCUCAAGUUGGUUUUCUCGCUCGACCGGCCUCUUGUAGACGAUGACGAAUUCUUCUCUCCCCUCGACACUCCGCCUCCCACGAAGGGAACCAGGCGUUGCUUGGGGUCGUUCGUCGCUCUCGCGCCUGCUGCUUCUCUCGCUGUAUCUUGGCUUUUUCUGCUCGAGAGAGACCGAAUCAGCUGCGCCAGCUCUGUCAAUGUCGGAGGACCCUUCGCGUUCCGCGGCUGUCAGUUCACAUACGGAGGCGGAGCAGCAGAGAGGGAAAGAACCCCUCGGGGAAACUUCGGAGACGCUUGCCUCUUCAACCUCUUCAGCGCCGCCCUCGUCUCCCCGCCUGCCUGAUGCUGCGGCUGCCACAGCUCGCCAGACGCAGAGCGCGAAGCUCUCUCCAGGUGUAGAGACAUUUGAGAACAGUGGUGAGGGCGAGAAGACGCAAGGUGCGCGGAAGGGCAGACAGAAGGGCCGCAUGCAGAGAGAGGAACCAGAGCAUGUGGAGAGGGCCAGGCACGGAGGGACGGAGACGCCGAACACACCGCAGACGGCGGGAGCUAAAGCGGUUGAGAGAGAAGAGGAAGCAGGCGGAAGAGGACGAAAAGGCAUCGACGCUGAGGAGGCGUAUGCUCUUCCGAAAGGGGUGAAUCCACGAUUCGCAGCUGCGUAUACACCACAGUUUUCGUCGGAUUCUUCGAGUUUUCUGUAUCCAUCGGAGCAGCUGCGGCGGCACGGGGCUGGAACGGCUUUCUUCAAGUGCCCCUCUUCAGGUCUGUUGAUUCCCUGGGGAAUGCUGAACGACAAUUUCUGCGACUGUCGAGACGACGGCUUCGACGAACCCGGAACGGACGCCUGCAGCGGCGUGGCCCCUGUACAUACAGCUGCGGCAGAGCGGCUGCGCGCCGCUCUCCACACGUUCCUCCACUCUCGUGGCGGAGAGGCGAGCGCUUCUGGAGCGACGCAGAAAGCCGAGGCAACGCUCGAGAAAGAACAAGCUGCAAGCGCGCAAAACGUCUGUGGUCCUGCGGGGGGGUGCGACCAUAAAGUGUUCGGGAAGCUCAAGGGAGCUGCUGGCUUCUUCUGCUCGUCGGGCCGAGAGGGCGAAGGCGACUGGGGGAAGCCUCGGGUGAUCUCGCCCAUGAAAGUGCACGACGGAGUCUGCGACUGCUGCGACGGCGCAGACGAAGCCCCUGACGUAUCCUUGCUUCGGGUUUCGGCGGUCGCCUUCCGACCCUUCUCUCCCGAGUUUCCCUUUAGAGAGACCCCGAAACUCUCCGCGUGCCCGAACCGGUGCGCCGAGGAGAAGGCGGAGUGGGAAGCGGAAGUGAAGGCCAAGCUGAGGCGCCUCGCCGUGGCUCGCGCGCAAACCGCCGCGCAGACGGAACAGAUGCGCCGAGUGGUACAGCAGCGCGCGAGCGAAAAAGCACAGCUCGAGGCGGAGGUUUCCCGUCUCCAGCGAGCUCUGGACUGCUCCUGGAUGACCCGAGAGGCCCGCCAACGCGGCGCCCAACGCCCGGAUCCCGCGGGGUCCCUUCACCACAACGCCGCCCUCCAUCGAGCUGUGAAAAGGGAGAUCCUCGCGGCGCACAAGGGCGCAGUGGGACAGGCGCAAAAGGCCGAGGAAGUCGCGGCAGAGGCCGAGGAAGAGCAACUCCAUCUCUGGUGCCAAAAAGUCGUCCAGGACGUGUUGGGGCAUGGGGGAGAGGGCGGAGAGGGAGAGGACACGUCUAGGGAUGAGGCAGGCAUCGAGGCACCAGACGAGGAGCUGAGCGCGAUGGUCGGCGCUCAGCUGUCGGGGCCGCCGACUGCGUUCAGCAGACCAGACAAGGUCGCCCUGUUUCCGCCGCCUCGUCUCCAGUACGAGCUUCAUGCGGAGGGCAGAGAGCCGGCGAAGGCAGGCCAGGCAGAGGAUGGAGGUCCCGAUGCUCGAGUCCAGAGCCCGGAGGAGCGGCGCGCAGCUGCAGUGGCGGCGAAGGCCGAGGCGUCUCGUCGCGCUGCGUUGGAAGCGUAUCUGGAACAGCAGAGCCGCGGCGCCGGCCCUGACGAAGACGAAGCCCCCUCAACCCGCGGCGGCGGUUGGACGCACGUCUGGGAUGGUGUGAAGCAGCUCGCUCAGCAGGGCGCCCGAGCGCUUCAGCGCGGCCUGGCCUGGGUCGGUGUCGGUCCCACUCCGCAGAAAAAAAGCUUGGGAGCGCUUCAGCGGUCGCUCGAGGAGUUGAAGCAGAAGAAGGCCAAACUGGAAAAGCAGAUGAAGAACUUGGAAGGCGUCAACGCCAUUCUUGCGCCCCUCUACUCGGUCUGUCUCUUCACGUCCGACUCCCGUAGACGUUUCGACUUCCAGAUUUGUCUUUUUGACCGGGUGAGACAGUUUUUUCACCGGAGCCACCGCGCUCGCGAGGCGUUGUUGGCGUACCAGAACGCUACGCACGUGGAUGGGGAGACGCCGAAAGACGCUUCGCAAUUUACCGGAGGCUCGCCAGGUGAGCCGAUGUUUGCCCUGGGGACGUUCCGCUCCUUAGAAGUUGUGAAGUGCCCCAAGGGCAAUGCGGCGGCAACGGGCAAACUGCUGGGGCGAGGUACCCGAGAAAAGCUGAGGGCCUGGACCGAACAGAGCAAGGAUGUCGCGAUUCCGACAGAUCCUACCACUGGCUUCGCCUUCCGCCUCGAAGACGAGUCCGAGGAAGAAGACGCUGUCUUCCCGCAAGGCGGAGACCCCGAGUUCUGCUUCUCCAUGUUCUUCGCUGAUGGCGAUGCGUGUCCCAACGACAGUCGCCGCGAAACAGAAAUCCUCAUUCACUGCGGACCCGAGUUGUUCGUGGUGCAGGUCCAAGAGCCGGCGAUGUGUCGCUACUCCAUACUCCUCGAAACGCCGCUGCUGUGUCCCCGCGAACAACUUUUGCAACUAGAGAAGGAGCGAUUUGCUGUGUACCACGACGAACUCUAGAACACCUCCCGUGCGCAAGUUCAGCUGCCAUAUGGCGAAUAGCGUCUGUGUCGACAGCUCGUCGGUCUGUGAAGUAUUUUGUUGCCAAGAGUGGAGGCUUUGACGAUAGCUAAACGCGAUGAAGGAGAUGCUAACUCUUCUCUGCAGCCAGCCAUCGGUCGGGAGUUUCACUGAAGCCUCUAGAAGGGAGGCGACUAGGGCCACCGGGCCAUCAGCAGUGGUCGAUGCGUUUUUGCGGAAGGAAUCCCGUCACGAAGGUUCUGAAGGGCAAGUGAAGUUAUCUGUGUAUUGUCCCUAAACUUCGCUGUGAGAAGUCGUGGCCGCUUUACGAGCCACGCGGCCUGACGGGCUGUCAAAGCCAAACAUUUAUGUUGGCUCCGCGCAUGCACGGUGUAAAGCAGGCGACAAGGUGUUUUAGGCAACCAUAAUACUGUGUGAGAGAUAGGUUACCAACGUUUGCGACUGUGAAGAUUGUCAAGCUUCAUUGUUUUUUUAAGGAGCCUGUUGAUAAAUGGGAGGCACGUAUAUCGGCCAAAAAACACAUCCGGUGCAAUACGCACAGGGUGUUCGCAGUAGAUAGUGCCAAGGUCUCUGGUGGCAUCUCAUGGACGAAUGAAGUUGGCGUUCAGCCGAGCGGUGCUUGUAGCCGACUGAUUGCGAAGACAGCGAAAAUAUGGAUCUGAACACCACUCAACGUGACGUGAUUGAUGCCUGAAAGAAUGCCCUAGUGCGUACCAAGGCUUCCGUGCUUCAGGCUCACAGCGCGCGGAAGCUGUGACACUUGGCAGGGCAUCUGCCUUUGUGGCUGGAGUAGAAUAUCGCGUUUAGAACAAACACCUAUUGCCUGUCUGUAGAGUUGGUUUCACGUCGUUGCCGCGGACGACGGAUUAUCGAUUUUUUGUGAACGGAGUGAUAAGGAGAGCUUCGUCCUAUGUUUGUCCGUGAAAAGAAUUUGUUCACGUCGCUCAUGGGACUCUCAUUUAAACAUCCCGACUCACACGUGGGGGUUUUAGGCAUGUAUGCGGGUAGUCUUCGUCACGGUUUGUUUUGAGGUAUGGAACAACGUUGGGUCAAAGAUGGUGGCCUCGUACAAUUGGUGCCGUUGCGCGGUCGCAGUGCUGUCUGUCAGUGUGUGCUGUGGGUUUUGGAGCGUUCCGAAACCGACGAGAGACUUGGAAUAUUUCCUUGGCUUCAUGAUUCAUCCCUUCUGAAAUGGAGAACCGGCCUCUUCAGCUAUGUCGUUCGAGUGUAAAGCAAGUAAUCGUGCAGUGAAGGACGCUGGUGGAAACUUGCAAAAGCUCUUGCGUGUUCGCAAACUGCUGUACAUGGUGUGCUAGAGCGA